UCGCUGUGAGCCCUUCAGUCCUGUACUGCUCAUGCGCUCUGUUCUCUGUGCACUUUGGAUCAGGUGGAGGGUGACGAAGCUGUUUCCGAGUGUCUUGUUCUCUUGUGUUUGUAACAUUUGCUGCAAAGAAAGCUGAUCGUUAUUAUGGCGGAUCCACGAGUACGGCAAAUCAAAAUUAAAACAGGCGUAGUUAAACGACUAGCAAAAGAAGAGGUUCUUUAUGUUAAAGAAGCCAAGCAACAAGAAGAAAAAAUCGAGCGAAUGAAAGCUGAAGGGGGUGACGAAUAUGUAAUUAAGAAACAGACAGAAGUCCUGCAGGAGUCCCGAAUGAUGGUUCCAGAUUGUCACCGUCGCCUGGCAGUGGCUCAUGCAGAGCUCGCUCAGUUAUUAGAAACUGAAGCAGACCUUGCAGAUUUAGAGGAAUUCAAAGAGGCCAAAACUGUGCUGGAUUCGGUGAAGCUAGAGGGGUGAACUGUUUUAAGUACUUCUGAAGCUGAAGUGUCCAUUCCAUGAAGAUGAGACCUUGUUUGAAAAACAAAAAAUCAAAUCAGACAUGAUGAUUUUGUUUUUGUUUUUUUAAGAAUACAUGUGUUAAAAAUAA